AUGGCACAGGUUCUGCACAUGGAGACCACUGCUUUCCCAGGUAUGUGUGCAUGUGCGUGAACACUUUCCAUUUGGACAGAUAAAGCUGCAAGAUGGGGCAUCAGGUCUGCUGGAUGUGAUGUAAGGCCAACCCUCAGAUAAAAUUUUGAAGAUCCAUUUCCUAGAUUUGAUAGGGAGAGGGUAUUUGAUGCAGAGGUUGAUAGGAAGCAGUAGCAGUAUAUUCUGAAGUACAGGGGCUCAUCAGGGCAGUCCCCAUAAUCGCACACUCCACCCCAUGUUCCCAAAAUUAAGAAAUGCAGCUGUGUAUUGUGGCCCUGAAAAGUCCUGCGCACCAGAGUCUGUGUACACCAUUUUACAGUUUUCCCUGUGGAUUUCGUAACUUCUGUAAUUUGAUUUUUAAAAUAUUUUAUGCUGCUUCUUGAAAAUGUGUGAUGCAUCUUGAACCUCCACACAAAAGCAGUACCAUACUAGAAACAAGAGAAUCUACUGAGACAUGGCGGUCACCUGAACUAUUGUAGGCAUUCCGCUGUCAUCAGCUGUUAUGGCACCUAGGACAGUUGUAGAGAAAUAAGCUGAGGCUUCAAAAUAAUCUCUUAAUGUGUAGGGUUGGUCCCCACUUCUGCUUCUCCCACCGCUUUAUGCUGGGAAAACCCGCUCUUUAGCAGCGAAUCAGAGCAAACAUCAAUUGGCUUUUUCUAUACAGUGGUGCCCCGCAAGACGAAUGCCUCGCAAGACGGAAAACCUGCUAGACGAAAGGAUCUUCCGCUUUGGAGUUGCCAAGAAAACAGAAAUUCCUAUAGGCUUACACACAACUGAGGAAAAUGUCUUAGAGUUCCUACAGGGCUUUUCCCUUAACACCCUUUUCCUAAGCCGCGAAGCCAGAGUAUCAGCUGAUCUGCUGCUCGCUAAGACGCUAACAGCUGAUCGCUAGCCGCUAUCAGCUGAUCUGCUGCUGCUAACAGCUGAUCUGUUAGCCACUGCCGCUAUCAGCUGAUCCGCUAAGCCGCUAACAGUUGAUCCGCUAAGCCACUUAUCAGCUGAUCCGCAGCUGCUUAACAGCUGAUCCAUUAAGGCAUUAAAGCCGCUUAUCAGCUGAUCAGCUAAGCCCGCUAAGCCGCUAAUAGCGCUAAUCCCUAAACCGCUUAGUAGGCUUAGCAUAAAGACGAGGAAACCGCAAGACAAAGAGAUCUCAGGACUCGGCAGUUAUUUUCGUCUUGCGAGGCACCACUGUAGUUGUGUAAAAAGAAGAAAAAGAAGAUGAAAGACUUGCUGAUUUGCCAAGAAAACAGAAAUUCAACACACACACAACUGAGGGAAAUACAGGCUACAGACUUCAAACCCUUACAUAUGGGGAGAAAUAAGAGUACGUUUGCACUCAAAGGCAAAUCCACUUACCAUAUUUUUCCGUGUAUAAGACUAUAUUUUUUCCUAAAUUUUUGAAGUUUAAAAUAAGGGGUCGUCUUAUACACGGAUAGUGCAUAGUGCAUUGUCUUAAUUUUGAGUCCCCAAAAUUAGGGGGCGUCUUAUACAUGGAAAAAUACGGUAAUUCACACAUUCCAAAACACCGCCAUCUUUCAAAAUUCACACUCCUCCAGAUUUUCCCAUUCAAGUAAAUUGUACAGAAAUGACUGAAUAGAUUUAUUUCGGUCACUGACCUGAGUGUGUAUGUAAAUGAAAAAUGUAAAAUACUCCGUGAAAAGUACAUAGAAAUGCGCCUAUUAGUGAAAGCAGCAUACAAAAAUACUAUAUGUUAGGAGAACAUGCAUUAGAAAAUGAGUAUUUUAUGAGAAAUGCUGAUGACUUUUAAAAUAAAAAAUUGUAGACUGAGGUGGAAACGUGAAGUGAACUUCAGACUGGGAAAAUGAGAACUGAGAGAAAUCAAAAUUGUCAUUUUCACCCAUCCUUCACUUGUUUGAAACUGGCGCCACUUGCUGGUGGAAGAACUCCUGUGGUGCCACUGAAACAUUAUAAACGUCUUAAUUGCUCCAAAGUUAGUACAUGAUAGUUGUUUAUUUCCUUGACAUCUGAUGGGAGGGCUUUCCACAGGGUGGAUGCCACUACCGAGAAGGCCCUCUGCCUGGUUCCCUGUAACCUCACUUCUCGCAGGGAGGGAACCGCCAGGAGGCCCUCGGAGCUGGACCUCAGUGUCCGGCUGAUCAAUGGGGGUGGAGAUGCUCCUUCAGGUACCAUAUUUUUUGUUCUAUAAGACGCACCAGACCACAAGACGCACCUAGUUUUUGGAGGAGGAAAACAAGGAAAAGAAUAUUCUGAAUCUCAGAAGCCAGAACAGCAAGAGGGAUUGCUACGCAGUGAAAGCAGCAAUCCCUCUUGCUGUUCUGGCUUCUGGGAUAGCUGCGCAGCCUCCAUUCGCUCCAUAAGACGCACACACAUUUCCCCUUACUUUUUAGGAGGGAAAAAGUGGGUCUUAUAGAGCAAAAAAUACGGUAUGUUUGUUGAGCCAGGACAUGAUGGUCCCAAUUUCAUCAUGUAUGAUCAGAUGAUCAGUGCAUUCUCAAGGGUGCUCAACUAAUUACAAAAACAAAGGAAUGUUUUAAGCUGACCUCUUCCCCCCUGUGCUCUUGCAGGGAAGGCCAAUCCCACCUCUGCUACGGCCUUCCAUGGGAAGGAGCAGGACUUGCCCUAUUCCGUGGAGACUCCCUAUGGCUACCGCCUGGACCUGGACUUCCUCAAAUAUGUGGAUGACAUUGAGAAGGGCCACACCAUCAAGCGCAUUCCGGUCCACCGCCGACCACGCUACAGCUCCCUGCCAAGAGGCUAUGGUUACACUGGCUCAUGGUGGACCUCCACUGAGUCCCUCUGCUCCAACGCCAGCAUGGAUAGCCGCCACUCCUCCUAUUCCUACUGCGGGCGCAGCUUCUACCCACAGUACGCCACGCCCGGCAGCUUCAAUGCCCGCGUGGAGAAGACCUUGCUGGAUGCCAGGAAGAAGCUAGAAGACCAGGCGGAUUCUGGAGAUGGAGAAAGGACCAGGGCAGGUGGUCUUGGGAGCCUCCACAGCAGCGUAUCUGGAUCAACAAGCUCCUUGGUGGGAAGCCAGUGCCUUUCCCGCCAGACUUCCUACAAUGGCUCACAGCAAGGCGCCCCUGGGCAGUUUACGCCCAUCGGCUCAGGACUCUCCACCCCAGUCUCCCCAACGCCAGGUCACCUCCAGCAUGUCCGGGAGCAGAUGGCUGUAGCCUUGAAGAAGCUGCGCCAGUUGGAGGAGCAGGUCAAGAUGAUCCCAGUGCUACAGGUGAAGAUCUCUCUUUUAUACAGUGGUACCUCGGGUUACAUGCGCUUCAGGUUACAGACUCCACUAACCCAGAAAUAGUGCUUCAGGUUAAGAACUUUGCUUCAGGAUGAGAACAGAAAUCGUGCUCCGGCGGCGCGGCAGCAGCAGGAGGCCCCAUUAAUUAAGUGGUGCUUCAGGUUAAGAACAGUCUCAGAUUAAGUACAGACCUCUGGAACGAAUUAAGUACUUAACCCGAGGUACCACUGUAUAAUAAUUUUUUAUUUGGUUUUACAAAUUAAAAUUUACUUUCAAAGUCGUAAGUAAUAAAAAGGUAAAUAAACAAAGAUUCACCCGAAUCUCUGGGCUUCUUCCCCCCACCCUUCCAUGGGUUCCAUCGUUAGUCCUUUUCCGCUGCAUAUUUUAAGCCACUCCAAAUUUUAAGUACCCUAGUACCUGUUACACUGCAAGUGUUAUUCAAAUCCUGCUAAAGAGUUCAAGUGUUUACAGUGAUCUCCAAGGUAAAUUAUAAAUUUCCCCCGUUCUUUGUUGAAAUUCUGGUCUUCCUGGUUUCUGAUUUUCCCAGUCAUUUUCACCAUCUUUGCAUAGUCCAUCCAUUUGGUCUGCCAUUCCUGUCUGGUGGGAACUUUGUCUUCCUUCCAUCUCUGAGGCUAAGAGCAUCCAUGCAGCUGUCGUUGCGUACAGAAACAGUCUUUUGUGCUCCUUUAGUAUUUCUGCACCUAAAAAAACCUUCUGGUUUUUUAACAAAAGUUAUUUUAAACAUUGUUUUUUCCAAUUCAUUAUAAAGCAUUUCUCAGAAUUCUUUUACCACCUUGCACUUCCACCACAUAUGGUAAAAGGUGCCUUCUUUUUCUUUACAUUUCCAGCAAAUAUUUGAACUUGUCCUAUACAUUUUUGCUGUUUUACUCAGAAUUAAGUACCAACGAUACAUCAUUUUCAUGUGCUGCAGGUGAAGAUCUCGGUGCUGCAGGAGGAGAAGCGGCAGCUGAGUGUCCAGCUCAAGAGCCAGAAGUUCUUGGGGCACCCGGGGGGGUUCGGCAAAGGAAAAUCCCGGGGGGAGCUCUACAUAGAUAUCCCCGAGGAGGGGGCUGGUGGAAAUGAGGAGGGCAGCGUGGGGCCUGAUGCAGGAGGCAGGCUGGACAAGAAGGAAGUGAGGUCAGUGGGUGUGGGCAUGUCAGCCGAAGAGGCAGAGGUGGGGAGGUGUGAUGUUGGGGUGGCGGUCAAGGAGGAGGAGUUGGGGUUGCCUUCCCCGGAGGAGGAGAGCCAGCGCCAGGCGGUUCAGGCCCUGUCCGCCAAGAUUGCAGUGCUAGAGGUGCAGCUGAAGAGGGCACUCCAAGAACUUCAAGCCGCCCAGCAGAAACUGGAGCUGCAGGGCAAGGAGAAGGAGGGCAAAGGAACGUCUGGUGGUGGCCUGAGAGAAUGGGAAGUAAGGGGAGAGGGUCUGGGACAAGCAGGCGGCAGAGAGUUUCAGAGGCCCCAGGAAGUCCCCAUUCGGGUGGAUACAGUCAAGGUUGUCCAAGUGGAAAGGGAGCCAGAGGUCGCCGCCAGCACAGCCACAGGGCUGGACCACAGGCCGCAGAGGGCACAGAGCUUGGAGAACAAGGAGUCCUAUGCCAGCCUCAAAGCUUUGGCGGGCAAAGACGCAGGGUUGGAAGAAGCGAUGGUGCCGCUCUAUGCCACAUACCGCAGCAACGAGGUGAUGGAGACCACGUUCCCGGUCCAUGCUGGCGCAGAGAGCACAGCUACCACCUUCCACACUGUGAAAAAGAUCAGCAUCAUUGGCACAGAGGGGAAUGGACAGCAGGAUACAGCAGGUAAGCUCUUUCUCUCUCUCUCUGUGUGUGUGUGUGUGUGUGUGUGUGUGUUUGUGUUUGUGUGUUUCUGAAGGAGAAUACACUCACCCCAACUGUGGAAAAUCUGUCGCAUCUUCCUGCAUUGCAGGGGGUUAGAUGAGGGUGGCCCUUGGGUUCCUUGCAACUCUACAAUUCUGUUACUCUUCCCACAAAUCCCACCAGUCCUCCGACUAGGGCUCCCCACUCUAAAUAAAACUUUUCUGUCAUUUCUUCAUCCAAGUCCUUAGGGUACAUAAUAAAACAGCAAAAAAAUUUGGGGAAAUGGUGGUAAGGAUCUUUCCAUUCAGUUUUGCAGCACAUCAGAUGUGCUGUUGUCGUGUGAGACCCAAAAAUCUUGGCCAAGAGAAGAGAACAAGCAGCUUGGCUCUCCUUCCUCCCCGCCUCCCAAAUCUAUGCUUCUCUUUGUUUACUUGUGGACUGGAUGUUGUGCUUACCUGCUGCCUUUGAAUUGGGAGUGCCAGGAAUACCCUGUAAAAGCUGAAAUGUGUUGGGUGCAUUCUCUGAACUGAUUGAUUUUUUUUUUAACCCACUAAGUAUAAAGCUCUAUAUCAAAUUAAAAUGACCCCCCCAUGCCAGCUUAACUCAAGCUGCCAGAGAACAAAACAAUCGAUUAAAACAGCCUGUCAAAAGUCCCAGCUUUGGUGAGUCUGCAGGGAAAGAGAGUCCUGGCAGCCCCUUUUUCUCUUCCUUGUCUGGGCUUACCAGAAAAUGCACGCCCUCGUCUUUCUCCCACUCUCUGGACUAAAAUCAGUGGCAACGCUCGGCUGUUUUCUCCCUGCCCUGUAAAAGGCUUUUGUGUAACUAAUACGCUGAUUUUUACCAGCUGUUUAUAGCAGGAGCAAGGGAAAGAGAAACUCUUAAAAUAGUCUGUGAUGUUCCCAGGGUGAGAUCAAAGGUUCUGGAAUGAAAAGAUGAUUGGAAGCUCCAUUUAUGAGCCAGCUAUGCCACAAAGAAUUGGUGGAAAAAGAGCUCUCAUGAGUCAGGAACCAGCUUGAGCUCCAGGUCCCUGGAGAGCCCAAGAAGAGACUGGUGUCCCUCCUAAUUCUCUUGGAACUGGGUGCAUCCUUUGCUCAGCAUAUAAAGGCCACAGCAGAAUCUCCAGAAUAAUCUGGAUUUGAACUCCUAGCCACCUGGGGAUGAGCUGCUGAGAGCUUGGUGCCCACAUAUGGGCAUGAGCCGGGGGAGGUUGUUGUGGGCGCUGUAUUAAAUGGUUAAGAUUUUCCAAGUUUAUUUUCAGCUGCUUGGUGGAGAAUCCAGCUGCAUGGAUUCCAGAGGUUUGGGGGGAAAGAACUGAAGGCCUUGGACGCUAUGAGCUGAUUUCACACAUUGCCAUUGUACAUGUUCACAGUUGGGCAAUACCUUUGUUAGAACCAACCAGAAACUCACAGAAAUGCUGUAGGCAGAAAAACAAAACGCAAUGGUUGGAGGACGUUUUCUCAGAAUCCUUUGAAAGCAUCUCCUUCCCUGGGGCAUGAAACUUCCGAUCUCUACUCCCCACCUCACAAUACCUGUUGCCGAAUGUUCGUACAGGGAGAUUUGCCCCUUUGGAGGUCAGUGAACAAAAUCUCCAAAAUGACUGUUUACCAGCCUGAUUUUCCAUCUUCCUGGAGGAUUUGGUGCACCUCAAAAUCUUGCACGGUCUCCUCACACCAACAGAACCAGUUCAGUAAGAGAUCACCCUCUUUCCUUGGAUUGCGGCAGCUGUGGGCAGCCUGUGGGGUGGAAGGAUUGCAAGAGGAGAGUCUGCAAGGUAGAGCCAGAGUCCAAGUCAGGAUGCCCAGCUCAGUACAGGAGCCAUGACAUCCUACCUGGUGAGUAACACCUCAGAGAAGCUGGUGCUGAUGCAGUUGCCUCUCUCUUCUUCUUCCAGAACUUCAUGGGUCAUUAGAGAAAUCAGUUCCUGACUCCCUCCAGACAGAGCAAGCGGCUCCCUGCAUAUCCCAGGAGCCUCAACGAGAGGCACGAGACGAGGGAGAGGACCAAGGUAAGGACUGGGAUGGAGAGAGGUGCCAUGGCCUCCUCCAUAGAGAGCCUUCCAUAUACGUAGGGCUGCCUCUGAAGACUGUUCGGAAACUUCAGCUAGUGCAGAAUACAGCGGCCAGGUUGCUCACCGGAGCAAGAUGGUUUGAGCAUAUUACACCGAUCCUGAUCUGACUGCACUGGCUAACAAUUACCGUAUUUUUCACUUCAUAAGACGCACUUUUUCCCUCCUAAAAAGUAAGGGGGAAUGUGUGUGCGUCUUAUGGAGUGAAUGCAGGCAGGAGGCUCUGCUCAUCGCUCCCUUUAAAGAGCUGCGUAGAGCGUGUGUGCAGGUCUUGGGGGCUUUUCCCCAAGGAGGGAGAAGGGCAGCCCGUCAGUGAAUGGCUGCCCUUCUCCCUCCUCAGGGAAAAGCCUGCAAGCGCCGCACACACGCUCCACGCGGCUUGUGAAAGGGAGUGCUGAGCAGAGCCUGGGAUGCAUACAAGCUCUGCUCAGCGCUCCCUUUAAAGAAUAUUUUUUUUCUUGCAUUCCCCCUCUAAAAACUAGGUGCGUCUUAUGGUCAGGUGCAUUUUAUGGAGCGAAAAAUACGGUAGUUUUCGGGCCAAUUCCAAGUGCUGGUUUUGACCUAUAAAGUCUUAAACUGCUCAGGACCACAAUACCUCAAGGACCGCCUCUUUCCAUAUGAACCUACCCGGACCCUGAGAUCAUCUUCUGAGGCCCUCCUUCGUGUGCCUCCACCUCGAGAGGUCUGGAGGGUGGCAACAUGAGAACGGGCCUUCUCUGCAGUGGCUCCCCGUCUGUGGAAUGCUCUCCCCAGAGAAGCUCGCCUGGUGCCUUCAUUAUACACCUUUAGGUGCCAGGCAAAAAAUGUUCCUUUUUAUCCAGACCUUUGGUUGAUCUGGUUGAUAUCCUAUACCCUUUUAAAAUGUGCCUCUUUUCUUGGGGGGGGAGGUUGUUAUUUAUAUUCUGUUGCUUAUAUUCUGAUUAUAUUUGUUGUGAUCUUUUCUGUGAACUGCCCUGAGACCUCCAGGUAUAGGGCGGUAUAUAAACUCUAAUAAUAAUAAUAAUAAUAAUAAUAAUAAUAAUACACUCUAAUGGACUGCUGCCACCUUCCUCCAUUUCCCCACAGCUUCAUUCGCAGCAGGGAUUCGGUCGAUCAUGAAGAAGAAGGAGGAUCCUACAGAGCUUCUGGCCAGCAAGAAGAGCCUGCAGUUUGUUGGUGUCAAUGGCGGGUAUGGCGAAGCCUCUGCUCCCAAAAUAAAAAUAGAAUGAGAGCCUUCCGGUCUGCUCUUGAGUCCAGUGAGGCUGCAGCCAGGCAGCAGCAGCAGUUUCCCACACUCCUGGUUGCCUGAUUUCACCCUAAACCUGGACUGUAGGAAGUCAAAUCUUGCUACCACCACAAAACAAAACACACACAGGUGUGGGAUUUUGCGCCAGAGUCGUGCUGUUUGCAGGAUUUCCACUUGCAGGAGCUAGGAGGUAUUUUCAGUCCCCAUGUGGCUUGUGAUCCAAGAUCAGCACACCUGGCACCUGGGAAAUCCUCUGCCCUGAAGUGCUGUAAUGGCACAGAGCUAGGCAGAACUAGGCACAAAGCUUUUCAGGAGGUUUCCCUAUUUCUCCUCUCUGCUCUGUGGGGCUGUUUUCUCUGUUGUUCCUUCUCACCCCCUUGUUGCCCCCACCCCACCCCAGGUAUGAGUCCACCUCCUCUGAAGACUCCAGCACAGCUGAGAACGUCUCGGACAAUGAAAGCACCGAGAGCGAAUACCACGAGGCGAGCGAGGGGCUCCCUGCAGCCCAGGCAAUGGCAACGGAGCCCCCGAAGCUGCCUGGGACAGCCGCAGCCGUAUCUCGCCCUGGAGUGUCUGCCGAGAGCGGGGAGAUGCCAGCCGCAGAAAGCGCCAGCAAGGAGCCACCAGGCAAAACAGGGUAACCAUCAACCUUGGGCAUCUUCCCGGCUGUCAUGACUCUGUGCCCCAAAUAUUCCACAUUCUCUUCUCUGGAGAAAGAAAACUUUACUCCCAGAAUGAAUGAUUCAAUACACAUAGAACGUGUACCGCCUCUUGCUCAUUCUCACAAAUACCAUUUGCUAAUAUUUUGGCCAGAACUGGAAUAUCGUGAAUGGAAGGAAGGGCAAUUUUUAAAAAACCAGAAUACAGGGAGGAAAAGUGAGGCAGCAGAAAGGGAACGGUUGAGAUCACUGAAGCUUUGCACAUAUCGUCUUCAGUCGCUGUUCAGAUAUCUCUCUUUUACUCUGGACAGGAAAUUCAUAGUCAGAUUUUCAUAGCGCAUAGCUGUAACAUAAGCAGAGUUUAUAAUGUUACACCUGUCUUCCUCUCUCACCAGAACUCACUGUCCAAAAACUAACUUCCCCCGUGUUCUUCUUUCUAUCUACCCAUUCCAGGACAGGACUCAGCAAGGAGCUGCUUUCAGCUUGUGAAGUCCUUCAGAAAUACCUGGAGAGCCCCAAUGAACACAUGGACGAAGAAAUGGUACACCUGCACUCUCAUUCUUGAGGGCGGAAGCUCUGGAGGGUGGAAGGGAGCUUAAAGUGGGAGCAUAGCUCUCAUUUGUUGUUGUCGGCGUCUGUGAUACUGUAGAGCAGUGGUUCUCAACCUGUGGGUCCCCAGAUGUUGUUGGACUACGACUCCCAUCACGCCUAGCUAGCAAGGCCAGAGCUCAGGGAUGAUGGGAGUUGUAGUCCAACAACAUCUGGGGACCCACAAGUUGAGAACCGCUGCUGUAGAGGCUCCUGAUUUCACGGAAAGGCGUUUUGCUGGCUCAGAGAGACCUAAAGAAACCGUUUGAUCCCUAUCCACAUGGAGAGGAGGUUAUCUCUUAGAGAAGAACUACCAGAUUUGCCAUUUGCACAGGGGCUUCCCUGCCACUUCACGGAACCACAGUUCCUUGGGAUUGGCUUCCUUUGGGAAACCAUGCUAGUUAAACCAAAUUAAAAGUAUUAAGGCUGUAAUCCUAGUGCGCCCAAAUUGAUCGCUUGUGGGAGAUGAGGAGUGCUGCUGGGGUGGAACAGGGAGGGGGAGCUUUGUGGCAGAAAAAGGGGCAGGAAGAAGAUCUCCCAGCAGUAUCCAACAGAUCAAGGGCCCAGAGGCCUUGGACCAGUAGGAUCUAAGGCCUUGUCAAUACCCCCAGUGCUCCCAGUCCUCAAAUUCCUCAGCUUCGAAAGCAAAACCAAAGCAUCCCACAACUACUGUCUUCCACCCUGGCUAUCAGGAACUGGCGGGGCUUCCGAUGAGAUAGUGAGCCUGCCACAUAAUCCCUUUCCCAACCCCUAGUUGGGACUGCUCCUCCUGUUUGCCAUGGUGUUUGAGGAGGGGGAGACGCCCGAGGAGACCCAAAAACGUCUAGCAAAGAAGACAAAAAAGUGGGAUGUAACAGCUUCACACACCUGACAGUUGCCACGGCUGCCCUUUCCUUCCUGUGUUUCCAUAGAAAUUGGCCUAUACUGCCGUGCUCCACUAUUGGCUAAGGCUUUCCUGCCACAAAGAAGCGGAUCCAGAAUUGGUCUCACAGCACUUGGCUGCCUUCCGGUGCAUCUCCCCACACUUGCUGGAAUUCAUCAUCAAUAUGGCCGACGCCAACGGCAACACGGCCCUCCACUACACUGUCUCACAUUCCAACUUCCCAGUGGUCACAAAGCUUCUUGAAACAGGUAGGUGGGCAUAGAGAGAAAUGGGGAAAUCUGGAAUCCAGAGGCGGGCUGGCCCACAGCUUGGUGGUUCACUGGGGCAUCCCUUUUGCUGCAGCCUCUUGUGCUUCAACUGCUCAGCACCUUUGGAACUCCAUGUGGCCUGAAGCUCAUGCAUGCCACCAUUUGGGUGUCCAGUCAGGCUAGCUAUUUAUGGCAGGGAUGGGGAGCCUGAUGCCCUCCAGAUGUUGCUGGACUAUACCUCCCAUCUUCCUCCUAGUGGUGCAGCAAUAAAACUGCUAGCAUACUUGCAAAGCUAAGCAGGGUCCGCUCUGGUUUCAAAUUGGAUGGGGGACCAUGCAUUGUGGGGGGGGUUGGACUAGUUGGCUCUCAGGGUGCCUUCCAACUCUACAAUUCUUUUCUUUUUAAUUUUAUUCAUUUUUCUUUUUCAUUCAUUACAUACAUCUCAAAUUCUUAACAUUUACUAUAUAUUCUUCCCUCCCUCCCCUCCAAGGCUUCCCCCAACUUCCGCUUCUGGUUUGCUUCUUUUCUAUCUCUCAACAGAAAAAGUUAUUAAUAACAUAACAUCAAGCCUAAAAACAUAAAAAUAAAAGUAAAUACACCAUCAUAUUUCACUAUCUUCUAAACAUUUUCUAAUGCUGAUAGUGUGAAUGUUUAUUUAAAUCCUGCCAUCAAGUCUAUUGACUUUCUUUGUUUCUGCAAAUAUAAUAUGAAUGGUUCCCAGUCUUUUUCAAAGUCUCUGUUGUCUUUUUCUCUUAGUCUAUCUGUCAUUUUUGCCAGUUCUGCAUGGUUCAUCAACUUCUCUUACCAUUGUUCUUUGGUUGGUAUUUCUCUACAAUUCUAUGAUCCCUAAUCAGUGGCCAUGCAUUGGGCAUUGGUCAGCAUCUGGAGGGCGACAUAUUGCCCUUCCUGAUUCAUGACAUUCAUUGUCAUCAAUCCUCCAAAGAGCUAGAAUGGCUCUUUAUCCCUCUCUACAACCUUGUGACAUAAAAAAAGGCCACCCAGUGAGCUAUAUGCUGAGUGGGGAUUUGAAGCUGGCUUUCUGACGCCAGAGCCCAAUGCUACUCCACUCCACUGGAGAGAGAGGGAGAAAGAGGAGUCGGCUGAGAGUUUUAUCUUCAUACAAUCUUGGCUGUCUCUAAGUGCAGAUCCCAGUCAUUGAGCCUGAGCUUCUACAGCCACUGCCCAGUUGAUAUGUUCUAUGCUCAUGGUAAUAUUUUAUUCUCUUGCUAACUAUGCUGUUUUAAAUGUGAAUUUUAUACUUGACUUCCUUUAGUAAGGUUUUAUUUUAUUUAUUUUUUUGGUUAACUUUGCUGUGUUAAAUGUGCCUUCUGUAGUUGACCUCCUUUGCAAUGUUUUAUUUUGAAAUCUUUAAUAUUUUAGUUUCCUGUUAAUUGUGUUGCCUUGAAUGUAUACUUUGAUGUUUUGAUGGGUUGUUAACCGCUUUGAGGUUUUUCCAUAAAAAUAUAAAGUGGUAAAAACAUGAAAUGAAUAAGAAUAAGAAGGGGGUGGAUUAAAUCAAGGGGAAGUGGGUGCAAUGACUGAUGUCGGUCUGUGCAGGAAGUGAUAGAACGAAGAUCUAGGCAAAACAUCAGGAAGUAGCUCACAAUAAUCACAGCAACUAUCUGUCUAGGUUAGGGGGGUCUUUUUCCAUGGAUAGUUUUGAAAACAGGCUCAGGCAGGUGCCUGAUGGCAAUGUCUUAGGCCAGCCUUAGGAGCUACACAACCCAUUCACUCUAAAUCUUUAGUUCCAAAGGGAUGAGGCUUCUUGUUGAUUCCUUUGCCUUUCUAGGUUUGUGCCAUGUGGACCAACAGAACAAAGCCGGCUAUACGGCCAUCAUGCUGACGGCACUGGCUGCUUCCCGCUCAGAGAGUGACAUGGACACAAUUGUGCAGCUGCUGAAAAUGGGCAACGUAAAUGCCAAAGCCAGCCAGGUAUCCAAAUGGUUAGCACUUUCUCGCAGGACAGGGAGGUGGAUGUGGAAGUCAGGUGAUGAGAGAGCCUUCCAAGGGCUUCUGCUUUGGCCAGGGUGGGGUGCUCAAAACCACCAGUUCUUCUGCUCUGAGGGCACAAGUGAGAUUUUAAAGCCUGAUUCUCUUCCCCCAUUCCUCAUUUGCACAUGUUUGCAUUACUGAGGUUUCGUAAACAGUAUCAUUGGCAAUUCAGGAAAUGCUCCUGUCAAAGCAAAGCAACACACUUUGCAAAACAGCUCAGUUUCUUGAAAGCUUUGCAGGCCCCAGCUUGAUUGCAAGUUAAGGUAAUUGUGAAACGCUUUUCAGAUUUUUGUACUCUCAGUUGGCUUUUCUUUCUUUGCAAGCCGGAUCAUAAUGCUUACGGUGUCAAAUCACGCUUAAAUCAAGAGCUUCCCCCUCCCCCAGCAUUUCAGUUUUGUGCACGAAACAGAGGCAAGCGAUUCUGAUGAGCCAGAGAUUGCAGCAGCCUUCACCCUCAAUUCUCACCCCACCCCACUCCACCCUGGCCCUAGUAUAUAACUGCAACUUACACUGUUGCUUUUCUCCUCGCUGCUCCUGCAGGCUGGGCAGACUGCACUGAUGUUGGCCGUCAGCCACGGGCGCCUGGACAUGGUUCGUGCCUUGCUAGCUAGCGCAGCGGAUGUCAACUUGCAAGAUGACGAUGGUUCCACAGCGCUGAUGUGCGCCUGUGAACAUGGCCAUGCUGAGAUCGUCCGCCUACUCUUGGCCACACCUGGCUGCGACGUUGCCCUCUCUGACAACGUGAGCCCUUUUUGUUAUUUAUUAAAUUUGUAUACCGCCCUAUACAGUGGUACCUUGGUACUCGAACGGCUUGGCUCCUGAACAGAUUGGCUCCCGAAUGCCGCAAACCCAGAAGUGAGUGUUCUGGUUUGCGAACGUUUUUCAGAAGCUGAACGUCUGACACAGCUUCCGCAGCUUCCAAUUGAGUGCAGGAAGCUCCUGCAGUCAAUCGGAAGCCGCGCCUUGGUUUUUUUGACUGGUUUCGGGAGUCGAAUGAGCUUUCAGAAUGGAUUAAGUUUGAGAACCAAGGUACCAAGGUACCACUGUACCUGCAGGUCUCAGGGCAGUUCACAGGAUAGAAUCACAACAUACAGUGCACAAACCCUCUGUCUCCCAUUCCACUGCAGGCUGAGCAGAAAGUGAUAAUUUGAUGAUGAUGAUGAUGAUGAUAAUUUAUUAUUUCUACCCCACCCAUCUGGCUGGGUUUCCCCAGGCACUCUGGGCAGCUUCCAACCGAAUAUAUAAAAACAAUACAGCAUCAGACAUUAAAAACUUCCCUAAACAGGGCCGCCUUCAGUUGUCUUUUAAAAGUAAAAUAGUAGUUUACAGUGGUACCUCUGGUUGCGAAUCGGAUCCGUUCUGGAGCCCCGUUCGCAACCUGAAAGGAACGCAACCCGCGUCUGCGCACGUGCGGGUCGCGAUUCGCCGCUUCUGCGCAUGCGGCAGUGGCAAAACCUGGAAGUAACCCUUUCCGGUACUUCCAGGUCGCCAACCUGAAAAGACGUAACCUGAACCGAAUGUAACAAGGUAUGACUGUAUUGCCUUGACAUCUGCUGGGAGAGCGUUCCACAGGGCGGGCGCUGCUACCAAGAAGGCCCUCUGCCUGGUUCCCUAUAACCUCGCUUCUCGCAGGGAGAAAACCGCCAGAAGGCCCUUGAUGCUGGAUCGCAGUGUCUGGGCUGGAUGAUGGGGGUGGAGAUGCUCCUUCAGGUAUACAGGACUGAGGCCAUUUAGGGCUUUAAAGGUCAGCACCAACACUUUGAAUUGUGCUUGGAAAUGUACUGGGAGCCAAUGCAGAUCUUUCAGGACCGGUGUUAUAUGGUCUCGGCGGCCAGUCCCAGUCACCAGUCUAGCUGCAGCAUUCUGGAUUAAUUGCAGUUUCCAAGUCACCUUCAAAGGUAGCCCCACGUAGAGCACAUUGCAGUAGUCCAAGCAGGAUAGAUAAUCCACCAGUGCUCUCCAUUCUUCCUUAAACACUUUGUCAUUAUGUCCUCUUAAUUUGGCAGUUAAUUUCACCAUGUCAACAUAGUCCAUCAAUUUCAUAAGCCAUUUCUCCUUUGUUGCUAAUCCUUUCCACUUCUGAAGCACCCCAAGUUUCAUAGACCCCAUAAUAGAUUAGGUCAAUGGGCGCUAAUAAUAAUAAAAAAUUUAUUAUUUAUACCCUACCCAUCUGGCUGGGUUUCCCCAGCCACUCUGGGCAGUUCCCAACAGAAUAUUAAAAACAUGAUAAAACAUCAAACAUUAAAAACUUCCUUAAACAGGGCUGCCUUCGGAUGUCUUCUAAAAGUCAUGUAGUUGUUUAUUUCCUUGACAUCUGGUGGAAGGGCGUUCCACAGGGUGGGUGCCACUACCGAGAAGGCCCUCUGCCUGGUUCCCCGUAACUUGGCUUCUUUCAGUGAGGGAACUGCCAGAAGGCCCUUGGCGCUGGACCUUAGUGUCCGGGCAGAACGAUGGGGGUGGCGACACUCCUUCAAGUCUACUGGGCCGAGGCUGUUUAGGGCUUUAAAGGUCAGCACCAACACUUUGGAUUUUCUCUCCUCCUGCAGGAUGGCAGCACAGCUCUCUCCAUCGCAGUGGAAGCAGGCCAGAAUGACAUUGCCAUCAUGCUGUAUGCUCAUCUGAACUUUGCCAAAGCCUCGUCUCCGGUGAGUUGCCAUGUACAGUCAAGGAAUCAUUGCACCGGCCUUGUAGCGCAGUGGUCCAGCUCCCCGCUUGAGGCGUGAUAUCCAGCAGAUCAGACGCAGAAUGGGGGUCUAAUGCACUGGGGGUCGCCCAUGUUAAAAUGCGAUCCUUCAACUCAGUAUCUUUUGUGGUGAACAAUGUUUUUAGAAAACAAAUUUGAUGGGCUGGCUCUGCACAGACUUGUCCACCUGCCACUUCUGCCGUCCAAAUGCUGUGCUUAAGUGAGCAGGGAACUUUGCACGAGGGUCAGUUUUGAGUUCAGGGGGCUGUUUCUGGUGAAGGGAAGGGCUGAGGAGCAACACAGGAGGCAAAAUGAGAUAAGUAGGGCUGUUUAAUGUAAGACUAAUCAUGAAAUGCACUUUUCAGGGGACCCCCAAACAGCUGAAAGAUGAGAACACAACAUCUAUGUCCGGUGAUGCUCAGUAA